CAGCAAUACAAGACAAGAUCUCCAGGACUAAAACUGGGUUUCAUUCUUCAACAGCUGGGGAACAUGAAUGAAUGGCAGCUGCAAGCAUGAACAAAGUAAAGAUCUCCACUGCUGAAGUACUAGUCCUGUUACUGUUAUUAAGCACAGCUCAAGCCCUGCCCUGCCCUCCCUGUUAUUGUGAGCCGCUGGAAGACCACAGGGGAUGGGUAUUAGACUGCAGUUCUAUGGGGCUGAAGGAAAUGCCUCUCCUGUCGACAGAAGUAUGCCACUCUUGCCAUACCAUUAAAAUUCUUCAUUUGCAAAAUAACAGUUUGACCACAGUCCCUCCUGGUGCACUGGACAACUUAAUCUACCUGAAAGAAGUUGAUUUCUCUAACAACCCUUGGCACUGUGACUGCUCUAUUUUAUAUUUCAAGCAGUGGCUGGAAGACUUCAGCGUCAUGUCUCUUGCCAAUCUCAAAUGUGCAAGUCCAGCUUCUGUAAAGGCAAGAGCCUUGAGUCAGCUGAGUGGGAAUGAACUGGAAGCAUGUAGGAAGCCUCUCCCAAUCAAAUGCCUUGAUUUCUUUUGGAGAGACUUUGCUCUGAUUUUUGCGGCUAUAAUGGUCUUAAUUUUAGCAUCAUGCAUUCUGCGAUACUCUGAAAAGUUAGCUUCCCGAGCUGCCAGAAAGCAACAUUAUUCUGAAAUCCCACUGCUGUAGUUUCAUGACUCGGAAAAAUAGAACUUAAAAUAAGCGGCCGCAGUGAUUAAUAGCUCUUCAUUAAGAAUACCAAAGUCAUCCGUUAAAAAAUGUGGCAUUUGUGCAAGCAAUAAGCAUAUACACAGCCAUGGCUAAAUGUCCCAGUUGUAUUUUGUUUGUUCUUGUUAGUUACAUAAGAAUUCACACAGUGUAGUUAUUUUAUGUUGUCCCAAAUGGUAAUAGCCACACCCUACCCUCUCUGUGUCUGUGACCCAUUGGGGUGAAACCAAUGAUCAUCAAGUUCUGUUGGCUGUAUAAAUAGUUGUGUUGUAAUUAUUACUACAUGCUCUGUUACUGUAGCAUGGGGCAAUGGAAAUGUCCUUCUGUGCACCAUGGCUUUUGCUGCUGUCGCACUCAGCCAUAUGAACAUUCCCAAAGAGAGUGAAUAAUAUUACUCCUGGGCAAACAGAGCCUUGUAUAUGAAACAAAUACGAGUUAAAAUCUCCAAUUAAGUUGGUUAUUGGGUCAAAGAAUUUAAACUUUAACCUCACACUCUCACCUAAAUGAACUGGAUUAGAGAGCUAAAUUAGCAGUCAUAUCUCCAUUAUAUUGCAUCAUUUAUUAAUGUGCUAUAGCAAACUGUAUUAUAACCAGAGCUUGGAAAAGUUACUUUUUUCAACUACAACUCCCACCAGCCCAAUCCAGUGGCCAUGCUGGCUGGGGCUGAUGGGAGUUGUAGUUCAAAAAAGUAACUUUUCCAAGCUCUGAUUAUAACCAGAUCAAAAGCCUGCUGCACCAUCAAAUGAAUACUGGAGAUGGAAUUUAUGGUGCGUGUUGUAUAACAGUACAAAGUGUAUUAUAUAAUCCAUGACUAUAAUUCAGAAUAGGGAGUAAUGGUUCUAAUUUUACUAAGGGGAGUAUUUGUCUUUUAAGAAAAUGAUCACAUUUCAUGGUUUUGUCGCUGGAACCCCAGUACUUUUUACAGACGAGUCUUUAGCCCUUGCAUACUGUUGCUAGUAACUACUAAGACCAAUAGUAAUUUUGCUUGCAAUAACAUUAGCUAUGAAUUUACAGUUGUAACUGUCUGUACAUGCCUGCUUCAAGCCACCAGGAAGCCAUUUGUUUACUUAAUACGAUAUGUUGACCAAGGGGUUUGCUGAUUUA